GCCUACAGCAAUCAGGCCAGAGAGCCGGAAAAUUAGGGCUUACCCUCACCCGUGCUCGGCAAAAAAAUAAAGCGCGCCCUUAGCGUCGCUCGUCUCGCAUAUUGAGAGGAACGUGGAAUUCUCGAAUUGAAGAGAUAGACUCACGACGACAACAAGUUUCGGCAUCCCGACGACGACAAGAUGCCUACCCACCUGAGCAAGACCCGCAAGCACCGCGGCCACGUCUCCGCCGGACACGGUCGUGUAGGAAAGCACCGCAAGCAUCCAGGUGGUAGAGGUCUGGCUGGUGGUCAACACCACCACAGAACGAACCUCGACAAGUACCAUCCUGGUUACUUCGGUAAGGUCGGUAUGCGGUACUUCCACAAGCAACAAAACCACUUCUGGAAGCCCGUCAUCAACCUCGACAAGCUCUGGUCCCUCGUCCCCGCCGAGAAGCGCGAUGAGUACCUCAAGACAGACAGCAAGAAAGACACCGCCCCCGUCCUCGACCUCCUCCCUCUCGGCUACAGCAAAGUUCUCGGCAAGGGUAGACUCCCCGCCGUCCCUCUGGUGGUGCGCGCACGAUGGGUCAGCAAGGAGGCGGAGCGGAAGAUCACCGAGGCCGGCGGCGUCGUUGAGUUGGUUGCAUGAGCGUUUUCCAUCACGGCUAAGGGCAUUUGGG